CUUAUCCAGAGAAAUCUUCCAACCUGGCGGAGUAAAGAAGACAAAGAAGACCUGUUCCGCAAACGUCAAACUGCUGCACACUUCAAAAAGUAUGCACACAACCUUGAAACAAAAAUAAAUAGCUGAAAAUCUACAUUAUGUUUAAUGGCGUACAGCUGCAUACUAAAGUGCUAAAACUACACCUAAUAUAGUUUAGAAAUAAGUUACAUGUUGUGGCAGCAAUUGCGAUUACAUAAACCAUAAAUGAAACAAUUUUCAUUAUUUUUGAAUUUUAUGGCAACCAAGUGAGUGAGAGCUUUUUAGCGUGAACCGAGCACUUUUGACGUUUGCGGAACGACUGCGGCGGUCGAAACCACCGCAACCCCGUUGGAUUUUUUCUAUUUUACCGCAAUAUUUAUACAAAAUCAAACAUCAAACACUCUUGUCAAAAUUUCUCAACACCGCCACAGAGACCGUAGUGGAUGGGUGUUUUUUUUUCUUUCGUCUCGUUUUGUUACAAAAUUUGAUAAGAAAUUUCCCAGAUUCGAUAGAGUUUUGUCACCCGGUCGUUCUAACUUGUUUGCAAAAUAUACGGGUGAAAGUGCGAUGGAUUAAUCUCGAAUGUAAGAAGCUGGUGGAUGAGAACCAAGAAGUCUACUGAUUAAUCAAUUGAGGCGAUUAGGCUAGUGCAAGUGCGCAUACUUGUAAGGUUUCCCCACUCAAUUACUGGAUGUGCGGCUUCACAUCAGAGGAGCACUAUGGAUGAGAUUGACAACAUUAUUCUGCAUUCGUUGCGGCAAAUUGAAUGUAAUCUCGACGAUGAAGUCACCAGCUUGGACGACAUCAACCCAUCGAUGCUGGUGCGAAUUGUAUCGAAGUGUAUAUCGCUGAUCGAUCCCAGCUUGGAACUACCCCGUGCAUUACCGCCUGGAAUGGCACAGCGCUUCACCACCACGGCCAGUCUGGCCGAGGCUUGUCGGACGAUCGGUUACCGGCGGGAUAUCGGCUACCAGACGUUCCUCUACUCGAACGUGGCCGAGGUUCGUCGCGUGUUGAUGUUCCUGGUGGAGAAACUUCCAAAAGAGGCGGCCGACAAGGGCCCGGGAAGCGGCCAGCCAGUGGACAGUGCAACCGAGUUGGAGAACAGGAUUUUGAGCAGCUUGCAUAGUCAACUGCAGGCUCCGUGGAUGCCGGAGUUUUGCCAGGUAGGGCGUCCGGAAGGAUUGGCCAGCGGAAGCGGGGAGACCCCAGCACAAAUAGCAUUCCGACGGUUUGUUCCCAGGAAAAUCAGUGUGCCGUUUGUGACGCAGGGUGAUGUAGCCGCAGAAGUCAAAGAAUUUUGGUCUCGUCGUAAUCUGGACUGUUUGGAUGAGGGCAGUCUGGUGCCAUCGCUGAUAGCGGCAAACGAUGGUGCGAUCAAGUCCAACGCAACGGGUGCCAUUGAUGAGGUGGAUCGACAGACGACCGCGUUUCUUCCAGUCAACGAUAAGCUGCUAAAGUAUUACUCAAAUAGCGAAACAAAGCAUCGAAAAACUAUGGAACCAAGUGGGACGGCUGAAAAAAUAGUAAUGGAUAACGUUACAGUAGAGUCCAAACCGGGGAAAACACCACUUGAGACGCUCCAAGAAGAAAUCGAGGCGUUGCAACAGGAGAUAGAACAGAGCUCCCAGGAAGGGGUUCAAUUAGAAAGCAAUCGUAGGGAAAUAGACGAAACGAUGGAGGUACAGCGGAAAACCGUUAUCAAAUUGAAAGAGGAGAAGAAGAUCAAAGAGCGAACGCACAUUUUGCUCGAAGAUCCCGAGGUGAACGUGAAGAAACUGGAAGUGAUCAUCGCCGCCGGAGGUGAGCGAAUGAAGAAGCUGCAGGAUCAGUGGGACGUUCAUCGGAUUCCGCUGGUGGAGACUUUGGAUGCCUAUCGACUGAAGAAUUCCGAUAAAUUGUCCAAAUCGCAACAAGUGCUGGAUCAAAUCGAAUCCACCCGUCAAAAGUGCGAAGAAGUAGUGAUCGAUCUCCAAACGAAGGGAGCCAUGUACGCGCGCCUCCAGAAAGAAUUCGAAAAGCUGAACAAAACCGUUAGCCGAACGGCCUACACCAGCCGGAUCCUGGAGAUCAUCGGCAACAUUCGCAAGCAAAAGAACGGCAUCGAUCAGAUUCUGCAGGACACGCGCUCGCUGCAGAAGGAAAUCAACAAUAUAACCGGCCAGCUGGACCGGCAGUUCACCGUGACGGACGAUCUGAUAUUCCGGAAUGCUAAGAAGGACGAACACUCGAAGCGGGCCUACAAACUGCUGGUCACGCUACACUCGGACUGCGAGGAACUGAUCAAGCUGGUGCAGGAAACCGGCGCCAUCAAGCGGGAAGUGCGUGACCUGGAAGAUCAGAUCGAGAACGAAAAGGGCCGAAAUACGGCCGCUAAUUUGGCGCAGAUCACGCACGAUCUCACCGAAAUGCAGAACGAAAGUAGUCGGCUGGAGGAAAGCGUACGCCGGAUGGAGGUGGCCAGUAGUAGGCAGUAAUCGUUUUAUAAGUUGGCUGAUUCCGACAUAUCUGAGUCUCAUAUUUUUUCAUACAAUCCUAGUUUGAUUUUGAUGUUUAAGCUAGUGAGCUCGUUCCAUAUUAUUUUUUUGGUUCGCGUUUUUUUAUCAGUUAGCCAUGUGAUGACCGGCAAUAACAUUUUUCGAAAACCUAAUAUUUUAAUAGAAAUACAUGCGUAAGAAUCUUAUGUACAUGGGAAAAGUAAACAGAAGGAAUAUGAAAUGUGGGAGUCAGAUGUGUCGGAAAUGGUACAUUAUCCAUAUGUAAGACUAACCGCAAGAAUAUUUUAGAACUGUCCACACAAAACUAGGUACCAUACUCAAAAUACACAAACUUAAGUGCCCAUCAAGAGCUUUAUUGAA